CCGGCUUCUGCGAGGCUCAGACACAAUGAACCGUCAGACUGGAGGGGACACACAUGUCGGGACCGAGGUACUGGCACCAUUUUAGCACACGUUUAGCCCCAACUGAGCCCUUCAUUUCAGUUGUUUAAGUAUUUCGGGGCUGCUGGCUCGUUGUAUGGCGGUUUCAAGGCUCAGUUGGGAUCGUUUGCUUCGUCGAGUUUCAUGAAAACGAGGUCGGGACCAGAGCGACGUUAAGCGCCCCAGGUUGGACUUUUACGCUUCACUUUUUGGUUUUUAUUUUUGAACCAAGGUCGACCGAGUCAGCAUGUCGGUGACGGCUCCCUCCGAUUAUUUCGCCGCGGAGUGCCUGGUGUCGAUAUCUAGCGGUCCGGUGCUGCACAGACCCACCCCUCGAGCCCUGAGCAGCCAGGCGGCGGGCCCGCUCCCUGGGGAGCCCGACGGGUCGAGCGAGGACAGAGAGGUGCGCGAGACCCUGAGGCUGGAGGGGGCCAACAUGAUGACCGUGGCCGGGAUCCUCACCGACCUGCACGGGAAGUUCCGCCCCAUGUCGGCCUACUCGGAGAGCAGCAACUCCUCGUGCGGAGGCGAGAGCGGUUACACCACGUUGUCCGACCCGACCACCCCUACCAUGACCCCCUCCGCCACUCCGGUCCCCGGGCAGCAGCAGCUCAGAGGGGCCCCACGGUCCCCAGUAAAGCGACACCAGUGCACUUUUGACGGAUGCGACAGAGUUUACGGGAAAUCGUCCCACCUGAAAGCACACAUCCGGACACACACAGGUGAAAGGCCCUUCCCGUGCACCUGGCCCAACUGUGAGAAGAAGUUUGCUCGCUCCGACGAGCUGGCCCGUCACACUCGCACCCACACGGGAGAGAAACGCUUCCUGUGUCCCCUGUGCGACAAGCGCUUCAUGCGCAGCGACCACUUGAUCAAGCACGCCCGCCGCCACCCCGACUUCCAGCCCUCCAUGUUGGGCCGCGGCAAGGGCACGCCUUCCUUCUCCAACCCGAGCUCCCAGCACUGAGGAAGGCUGCGACGUGGUUUCAAGCGAACCAGCUACAAUCAGAUCCACCGAGGAGAAUCCAGCUCACUGUGUCGUACUGUAAACACACUCACGCACGGAUGAAUCACGCAAAGGGGGGGACGGGCCCGCCUCCCUUUCCGUGAGUCAUGUGACUAAAAAAAAAAAAAAAAAGUUUAAAUCGACACUUGUCCGAUCCACUUUUCUCCGCCGCAAAGCCAGGUCUCAGUGGCAGCUUGAAAUAUUUUUAUCGAUACAGCGAACACAAACCCAGGUUCACAGAACAGCAAUCUGUUUCAUUUCUCCAUCCGCGGAAGGAGUGGAGCACAUGAAUCCAUUUAUUUUUAUGUGCGACUCACACACAAAUUGCAGGGAUUUUUCACUUGUUCUCUUUCAAUCUGUCAUCAGCCAAAACUUUUAUUUUAAGUAGUAGAUUGUGCUCUCUUUAAUUUACAGUAUGUAGCACAAUAUUGUGACGUUAGCUAGCAAGGCAGUGAGUAGAAACUUUUUUUUUUUUUUUUUUUUUUUUUUUUUUAAGCUUUGCUUGAUUCCAUACUCCUGUUUGAGACAUUCCCUACUUGCUAACCGUAAGGGUUAUUUAUCUCAUGAAUUUACCGAUACAUUGAUUUUGCCCGUGAGUGGCUCACUGUAGAAGAGCUGUUUGCACGCCGCCCUCAAGUUAGAAUGACACAUAAUACACAGUAGUAUUAUGUCUAAUACUGAUGCAAAUGUAUAUAAGCUUUAAGCUUUUAAUGUAGAAAGUUAAAUUGUAAUGCUUCUAGCAGCAUAAUUAAUACAUGUGGUGAAUUGUAGUCCUUAUAUUAGGGGUAUUGGUAUAUGCUUGAUAGGAUGGAUUUCCCUGUGAGUGGCAGCGUGUUUGUCGUUUUUGUUCCUUCUAUAUAGACACAAGUAAGAAAGUAUAUAUGACACAUUUGGAUCCAAUAUAGUCUGAUGAAGCAGACCAAGCCGUCAAGUGGCCCCUGCUGGGUCACUUUAAAAUAUUUACUACUGAAAAGAUUGAGAAGUUUGAUAUGAAAUUUUGCUUCUAUUGUAACUCACAAACCUCUCCACAUCAGUCCAGAAGCCUCAAGUUCCAGGUCUGACUCGGACCGUCACCUUGUUUUUGUCUCAGUGAACGACACUUCUUCAGGAAAUUCUGAAAGCCUUAAACUUUGUCAUAACUACUUUGCACCAUGUUUACAGCGGAAUCAUUGUACAGGUAUACCUGGCCUCGGCCUCAUUACAAACUCUCAUUAUGCAAUACAGCACUUUUUUUCCCGAGUUUAUUUGGCUGAAAUGUGUGACGCCGAACUUAUGUGUUACUAACAGCGGAUGGAACUUUUUUCCCGGUUUAUUUGUAACCCUGGCCAUCUAUUGUUGUGGAAUCUGCGGCCGUUUGAAGAUAAAAAAAAAUCACUGCUGUUUCUUAAACUCCUGAACAGACUGAGGCUCCUCCAUCUGUUCUUCCUCACUGUUUCCUCAUGAGAGUGAAUGUGCCGGUUCAUUUGCUGAUCGUCUUCGGUUACUGCUGGCAGUACCCACCAACUCACACAGAAAACCUUUCUACCUUCUUCCCGUCUUCUCUGGGUCUCAUAUCACAAUAACAACAUACCUCACUGUCUUUCUGUGGUCUAGACAAAUGUAUUUUUUUUUUCCGAAAACCUCAGAUUAUCUCAACCGUAUCAGCCGUGUGUCGUCUAUUUUUGUUUAAGGCACAAUUCCUGUGUCUGAGUUUCCUUUCGCUUCGCCUCAACCAACCUGUCGGUGGAGUCUUGCGCCGUGUCUUCCGAGGAU